AUGGAAUACUCUGAUGUUAUAACAGAAUACUGCUUCCCUCUGAGUAACACAUCUUGUAUCCGAAAGACUCGGACAAGAGGUGAAUAUAUUGCACUGUAUGUUUUCUUCUUUUGGAUAUCACUGUUCACAGUUUUUGUAAACCUGUUAGUGAUCAUUUCCAUUGCGCAUUUCAAGCAGCUCCAAACUCCGACCAACCUGUUCAUCCUGUCUCUGUCUGUGGCCGACCUACUGAUAGGUGGGGUUGUGAUGCCGGUGGAGGGCAUGCGAUUGAUUGAGUCAUGUUGGCUGUGGGGUGAGACGCUGUGCAGCUUCUUUCCUGCAGUCAUCUGUAUACUUGUAUCUGCAUCGCUUGGUCAUUUAGUCUUCAUAGCUGCAGAUCGUUACGUGGCUGUGUGCAAGCCCUUCUUAUAUGCCUCUGCAAUGACGACCGGAAAAUCUGUGCUGUGUAUAUCAGUGUGCUGGAUGUGUUCUGCUGUGUAUAAUUUAUUGCUUCUGAAUAUCAACGGAAACAUGAACAACCCAGAGAAACAAAGCAGCUGCCUAGGAGAAUGUCAGCUUAUCAUUGACAUUACAUGGGGCCUUGUUGAUCUCAUUUUCUCGUUCAUACUGCCAUGCUCUGUACUCUUCACUCUCUAUGUGAUUAUUUUUUCUGUAGCCAGAAACCAGGCUACGGCCAUAAAGGCUCAAUGUUCGAAUAACAAGAAGCAAGUCAUAUCAAGGGGCUCAGAGACAAAAGCAGCGAAGGCUCUUGGUAUUGUGGUUUUCGUCUACCUGAUGUGUUGGAUCCCAUACUAUAUCAGCAUACUGACCCAGGACAGUCAAUCUGUGGUUGUGCAUGUGUUAUCCUGGCUCAUGUACAUGAAUUCAUUCAUGAACCCCUUGAUAUAUGCUCUGUUUUACCCAUGGUUUAAGGUAUCAGUAAAAUAUAUCAUAACUUUGAAGAUUCUGGAUACAUCAUCAUCACAUCUGCAACUUUUACCAAAGUGA